AUGGCCAGCGACGGACCUACCCAUUUGCUGUCGCUCAAGGUUAUGCGAGUCUCUGCACAUUCUUCGGCAUCGAUCCUAUCCCUGCAAGGCUCUUCUCCACUCCCUGGUCAUCCAAAGACGCUACGCGAUCUAACACACGCCUCAGAACUCCUCACCCUUCCAGCUUCCUUUGGGUCCAUCCAACUCGGCGAAACCUUCUCCAGCUGCCUCUGCGUCAACAAUGAAGCCACCUCCGCUGUCGAGGUCAAGCAAAUCAAGGUGGAGAUGCAGACUGUCACAACCAAGGUGACCCUCUCUGAACUUGAUGAAACUGGCCCGACCAAGAUGUUGGAAGCGGGGGACAGCCUGGAGACGAUCGUGCACCAUGAGAUCAAGGAACUCGGACAGCAUGUUCUCGCGUGCACUGUCACGUAUAGGCUACCUCCGAGCGCAAGGCCAGUUCCCGGUGCUGCUGAGGAUGCGAGUGAUCCCAGCCUGUUGACCUUUAGGAAGUUCUACAAGUUCGCGGUCACGAAUCCCUUAUCUGUGAAGACCAAAGUCCACACCAGCAAGUCACCCUCGGCUUCGCUAUCUCUAGACGAGCGCGACAAGUUGUUCCUCGAAGUCCACAUCCAGAAUUUGACGCCAGCCUCGAUGUUCUUCGAGAAGAUGCGAUUCGAGUGCGCCGAGGGCUUCGAUGUGGACGAUAUUAAUGGACCAGUGUUUUCGGGAAGCUUUGCGACGAUGCAACCACAGGAUACUCGUCAAUAUGUCUACAUCUUGACGCCCAAAUCUACGACCGUGGCUCCACCCGCUCUCCCGCCAGGGAGUAUCAUACCGCUGGGAAGAUUGGACAUAUCGUGGAGGUCUUCUUAUGGCGAACCGGGACGUCUGUUAACCUCUAUGCUUACGCGACGUAUCCCAUUCCCGCAGCCCCAGCAGCAACAACCUGUUUCAGCUGUUCCUUCCUAUCUCAAGCGUGCGGUGGCGGGUGGGUCGAUCUCGAGACCUCAAUCGCCUCAACAAUCGAGGCCCAUGUCUCCGCCUGUAUCAGCUCAGCGACCUGGGUCUCCAGCCUUCCAGUCUCCCAAUCGACCCCAAUCCAUGGGUGGACAACCUAUCCGGCCACAAUCCCCUUCGACGGCGACAAUGCCCGCUGGUGGACACGGUUUCCCCCAUGUAACGGACGUGGAGGUCAGUUUGAUUGUGAAGUAUUUGCCAAGGAAGGAUAUCGUGGUGGAGAAACCGUUCGCCGUUACGUUUGGUCUUGUGGUUACGAGGAAUCCGGAUGUGGGGAAGAGGAAGUUGGUGUUUGCGGUGCAGCAUUUGAGGCCACCAAAGGCUAUUCAACAGCAGCCCUUGACCGCUCAACCUCAGGCACACCCUCAAGCGGCCGGGAGUAUGGACAUGAUGAGUCCCAGGGCACCUUCGUCUGGGUUUGCGACGCCUCAAUCGGGGGCGGCCACACCUUUCAACUAUGCGCUUGCUCACCAGAAGAUAUUGGACGUAGCUAAUGCGGCCAAAUCGCCUCUUGUUGACAGUCCGAUAGGGGAAGGGCACGACACGCCUGGGGGUGCGGGAGCGCAACACAGCAACCCGAUUCUACCUAUCCCCUACUUUGAGGGCUACGACGAACUUCGGCCACUUUCGGAUGGGGUAAUUGCUACUGGCGCCUCGGCUGUGUUCCUACCGCCCAUUACGCUAUCCUCAGGCGAGGAAGGGACAGCGAAUAAUCCUGCUGUCCAAGAGUUUCAGUUGACAUUUGUCCCUGUUAGGCGAGGAUUCGUCACGAUCGGUGGGCUGCGGAUAUUGCUGGUGGAGGACACCACGGAGACUGAGGGAGAAGAGCCGAGGUGGAAACCAACGAGAAUACAGACUCUCAAAGAAUACGAUGUUAUUGGAGAGGUUUGGGUGCCUUCGUAG